GUUUCGCCAACACGGUGUCUUCUGCCUGUCUGUUUGCGUGUGUGUGGGUGUAGGUUCUUGCUUUUAUUAAUGAUCAAAUUAAUAUUAUUGGUCAUCAAUAAAAAGUGUUGAAUUUCAUCACCAAGCGAACUUUCGUUGUAUUGAUUGAUAUAUAAUAAAUGUGCGGACAUUCAUUUUGGUCAUUGCAAAGAAAAACAGGAGGGUGAUUAGCUAACGUACAGCAACAAUGCAAUCGGUCAAAACAGCCGAUCUGCCGGAGAACCCGCGAGAGCGUGCGAAUUGGAUAUCGCAGGCAUGUUUCUGGUAUACGAUGCCCACGUUCUUUAAGGGACGCAAGAAAACACUCGACACAAAGGAUCUAUAUAAGGCUUUGAAGGAGCACAAGUCAGAAACACUCGGUAAUGAGCUUUGUGCCGCUUGGGAACGUGAACUGCAACGAAAGCAGACCUCCAAGAAACAACCCAGUCUAUUGAGAGCUACUUUGCGAGUCUUCGGAUGUUACUUUGGACUGUUUGGUCUGGUUCUCUUUCUGUUGGAAUUGGGACUGCGAACGUUGCAGCCGUUGUGUUUACUCAAACUGAUAGCAUACUUUACCCACGACUCGGAAACAAGAGAGGCCGCCUACUACUAUGCCGCUGGGGUUGUGCUGUGCAGCGCCCUGAAUGUCUUCAUCAUGCAUCCCUAUAUGCUGGGGACAAUGCACGUUGGCAUGAAAAUGAGAGUUUCCAUGUGCAGCAUGAUCUAUCGGAAGGCAUUGCGGUUGAGCAAAACGGCAUUGGGUGGCACAACGGCUGGUCAUGUUGUGAACCUGAUGUCGAACGAUGUGGGGCGCUUGGAUUUGGCAACAAUCUUUGUACACUAUCUGUGGGUUGGACCACUAGAGACGCUCUUCAUAACUUUUCUGAUGUAUCAGCAGAUUGGCGUAGCUGCUGUCUUUGGCGUUGCUUUCAUGCUGCUCUUCAUACCUCUGCAGGCCUGGCUGGGCAAGAAGACGUCGGUGUUGCGGCUGCGCACAGCACUUCGUACAGAUGAGCGUGUACGCAUGAUGAACGAAAUAAUUUCAGGCAUUCAGGUGAUAAAGAUGUAUGCCUGGGAGUUGCCCUUUGAGAAAAUGGUGGCCUAUGCACGGAAAAAGGAAAUUAAUGCCAUACGACAUGUCUCGUAUAUUCGCGGCAUAUUGCUGUCGUUCAUCAUUUUCCUGACGCGCGUCUCCAUCUUUCUCAGUUUGGUGGGCUACGUGCUGCUGGGCACGAUCCUGUCGCCGGAAGUGGCCUUUGUGAUAACUGCUUACUAUAAUAUUCUGCGGACAACGAUGACGGUAUUCUUUCCACAAGGCAUCUCCCAAAUGGCCGAAGCAUUGGUGUCCAUUAAACGCGUGGAGAAAUACAUGCUCUACGAGGAAACCGAUGUGGCAGACAAAUCCGUAGACAUGCCCACACCCAAUUAUCCGGGCAGCAAUCAGUCUACGUUACACACAAAUCAAUUUAGCGAGGAUCGGGAUGCCAAUGAAAAGCUAUUGCCCCCAACUUCGUUGCCCAACAUUAACGAGAAUGCUGUGUUGUCCGAGGCGGGCAUUUCCAUAACUUCGCUCAAGGCCAAAUGGGAUGAGAAGUCGUUGGAUUACACCUUGGAUGAUGUAAACUUGCGUGUGCAGCCCGGUACUUUAGUGGCCAUUAUUGGACCUGUAGGAGCCGGCAAAUCCAGUCUUAUUCAAGCCAUUUUGGGAGAGUUGCGUGCCGAAACGGGUGCGAUUAAGGUGAAUGGCACUUUCUCAUAUGCCUCCCAGGAGCCCUGGCUCUUCACUGGGACUGUGCGCCAAAACAUUCUCUUCGGACAGCCCAUGGAUAAACGUCGGUAUGCACAGGUAGUGAAGAAAUGUGCGCUGGAACGCGACUUCGAUCUACUGCCCUUUGGCGACAAGACAAUUGUGGGCGAACGGGGAGCUUCAUUAUCGGGCGGUCAAAAGGCAAGAAUAAGUUUGGCACGCGCUGUGUAUCGCCAAACGGCCAUCUACCUGCUGGAUGACCCUCUCAGCGCAGUGGAUACCCACGUGGGCCGUCAUCUUUUCGAUCAGUGCAUGCGUGGCUAUUUGCGGGAGCACAUCGUCAUUUUGGUCACGCAUCAGCUGCAGUUUCUACAGCACGCGGAUCAAAUUGUAAUCAUGGACAAGGGUAAAGUCAGUGCUGUGGGCUCAUACGAUUCGCUACGCGAGUCAGGCCUGGACUUUGCCAAAAUGCUGGCCGAUCCGGAGCGCGAUGAACAUGAAGGUCGUUCACGUUCCAGAUCGGGCAGUCAGGUUGGGUCCAGCGAAAGACGCAACAGUGAGCAAUCGCUGUUAUCCUUGGCCGAUUCGGUUUUGGACGAGACGCCCAUGCAGGUGCAAGAGACACAGGAAGAGGGUCGCAUCGGAUUGAGUUUGUAUAACAAAUACUUCAAAGCUGGCGGCGGUUUCUUCGCAUUCUUUGUAAUGAUGGCCUUCUGUGUGCUGUCACAGAUAUUAGCAUCGCUGGGCGACUACUUUUUGUCCUAUUGGGUUGCUAAAAAAGGAAAGGCUGAGCUUGCAGAAAAUGCCACCAUUUUAGAUGAUAUUACAGGAAUAAUAGGCAACAACACCAAUAUACCACCAAGCCAUGUACUUGAGUCCCGCUUCUCUGACUGGCUUAAUGAAUUGGGCGUUCCUAUUGAUGCCGAAAUGCUUGAUACGUAUAUUUUUACGCUGAUUACAAUUUUAACGAUUGCGGUGACUGUGGCGCGUUCGUUUCUGUUCUUCAAUGUGGCCAUGAAGGCGUCGACUAAUCUACACAAUUCCAUGUUCCGUGGGAUUACACGGGCAGCUAUGUAUUUCUUUAAUACGAAUCCCGCCGGACGCAUUUUAAAUCGGUUUUCGAAAGACAUGGGCCAAGUCGAUGAAAUAUUGCCGGCUGUUAUGAUGGACGUCAUACAAAUCUUCCUUUCCUUAGCUGGCAUUGUUAUUGUCAUAGCUAUUGUGAACCCCAUGUUUCUCAUACCCACGUUUGUGCUGGCGAUCAUCUUCUAUCAGCUGCGCACCUUCUACUUGAAGACCUCGCGGAAUGUCAAGCGUUUGGAGGCCAUCACCCGCUCACCGAUUUAUUCGCACGUGGCUGCAUCACUGUCGGGUCUAUCCACCAUUCGGGCAUUUGGCGCACAGCGCGUGCUUAUCACAGAGUUCGAUAAUCAUCAGGACUUGCAUAGUUCGGCGUUUUAUAUGUUUAUAAGCACUUCGCGAGCUUUUGGAUAUUGGCUGGAUUGCUUCUGUGUGUUUUACAUUGCCAUUAUAACGCUGAGUUUCUUCAUUUUCCCUCCGGAUAAUGGCGGCGAUGUGGGUCUGGCAAUUACACAAGCGAUGGGCAUGACCGGUAUGGUGCAAUGGGGCAUGCGUCAGUCAGCGGAGCUCGAGAAUACGAUGACAGCGGUGGAGCGUGUGGUCGAGUAUGAUGACAUUGAGCCGGAGGGGGCCUUGGAAUCAGCUGCUGAUAAGAAACCACCCAGGACAUGGCCUGAGCAGGGCAAAAUAAUGUUUGAAGAGCUCAGUUUGCGUUAUGUGCCCGAUCCCAAAUCUGAGCGUAUACUCAAGUCUUUGAAUUUUGUGAUACAGCCCUGCGAAAAGGUUGGAAUUGUAGGACGCACCGGCGCGGGCAAGUCCUCGCUGAUCAAUGCCCUAUUUCGCCUAUCCUACAACGAUGGCUCUAUCUUGAUUGACAGGCGGGAUACGCAGCAUAUGGGAUUGCAUGACUUGCGAAGCAAGAUAUCGAUAAUACCUCAGGAACCGGUGCUAUUCUCGGGAACAAUGCGUUACAAUUUAGAUCCGUUUGAUGAAUACAGCGAUGCCAAGUUGUGGUCAUCCUUGGAGGAAGUUAAACUUAAAGAAGUUGUCGCGGAUUUGCCAAGUGGUUUACAAACAAAGAUCACAGAAGGUGGCACGAAUUUUAGUGUGGGACAACGUCAAUUGGUUUGCCUGGCACGCGCCAUUUUACGAGAGAAUCGGAUAUUGGUUAUGGACGAAGCGACCGCUAAUGUGGAUCCGCAAACGGAUGGAUUAAUUCAGACGACCAUUAGAAACAAAUUCAAAGACUGCACCGUACUUACGAUUGCCCAUCGCCUGCACACGGUAAUGGACUCUGACAAGGUUUUGGUUAUGGAUGCCGGUCAGGUCAUGGAAUUUGGUUCCCCAUAUGAGCUGUUGACAGCGACAGAGACAGAAAUCUUUCUCGGAAUGGUGAGGCAAACAGGGAGAGCCACGUAUGAGAAUUUGCUAAAGGUAGCACAGAAUGCUUAUGAAGCAGCACAGCAAUCUCGCCGAUUAGCCUCUUAGGAGCAACCAGUAACAAAAAUAUGCCAACAGGAAUUAAUUGAGCAUACGCGUUCCAAAAAACAAAAACCAACUACUUACUUAUUACAAACGUUUCUUAAUUUAGGACUAACAUGCACGUUUCGGUAUUGUUUGCUGAAUCAUUUAUUUACUCGAACGCCUUACAGCAACAAAGUACAAUUAUCUAAAAAACGGGAUCAUCACAAGCAGUUGGAAUUGUCUUAUUACUAUAAUUAUGUAAGAUAUAAAGUGUAAUAUAUGUGUGCCUAUAUUUAUGUAGUGUGUAACUAAUCUUUAUUUUGAGAAAUUUCAAUUGAAUUCUGCAAUUAAUUUCAUAUUGUAUGUAUGUAUGUAUGUUUAUAUAUUUCAUAUUUGGGCGGAGCCAAUUUAAUAUUAAGCCAAGUGUGCCUAUAAGUGUUAUAAGCCGCUUUAAAUGUAUACAUCUUUACCAAAGUUUACACAACGAUAUAAUGCCGUACACAUACAGAAAAAGUUUUUGAAUACAAUGUAUAUGAGUUACCUAUAACGAUUAUGUGUAACAAAAGAUGUGGA